GCGCCGGACUGAGGGACUGAGCCCAGAGUUUCGCCGCCAGUGCGAUGGCAGAGGUGGAGGAAACCCUAAAGAGGAUACAGAGCCAUAAAGGGGUGAUUGGAACGAUGGUUGUAAAUGCAGAAGGUAUUCCAAUUCGAACAACCUUGGACAACUCGACAACAGUUCAGUAUGCAGGUCUUCUCCAUCAGCUGACCAUGAAAGCCCGGAGCACAGUCCGUGACAUUGAUCCUCAGAACGACCUCACCUUUCUUAGAAUCAGAUCAAAGAAACAUGAAAUCAUGGUGGCGCCAGAUAAGGAAUAUCUUCUGAUUGUCAUUCAGAACCCAUGUGAAUAGCCCUGCUACGUAUAGAGCCAAGCCCAUCCUGUGACACUGGGUUGAAAACACUUUACUCUUUAAUGAUUACUAAGAUUCUAUUCCAAU